AUGGUGAAAUCCUAUCUAAGGUACGAGCAGGCGGCUUCCUUCGGUGUAAUUGUAUCUGUUGAAUCGAAUAUCACAUACGACAGCUCAGGCAAGCACCUUCUAGCUCCGGCUCUCGAGAAGAUCGGUGUUUGGCACGUCCGUCAAGUCGUCUGCACCAAAACUCUGUCUCCUUCUGUUUCCUCUCGCGGCUCCUCUCUCUUCGUAAACUGUGUCGUCUCCUCCCCUUCUUCACUGGUUGGAUCUGUACUUGCUUCCGGAAGUAAAGACAAUGAUAUUAUUAUAUAUUGGGAUGUUGUUGGUGAGACGGGUCUUUUUCGCCUUCGUGGGCAUCGUGAUCAGAUCACGGACCUUGUUUUCCUUGAUUCUGAUAAAAAACUUGUUACUUCUUCCAAGGAUAAAUUUUUGCGAGUGUGGGAUCUUGAAACUCAGCAUUGUAUGCAAAUAGUUAGCGGCCAUCAUAGUGAAAUUUGGUCUAUUGAUGUUGACCCGGAUGAAAGAUACUUGGUCACUGGUUCAGCAGAUCUUGAACUCAGAUUAUUUUACAAUGUAAAGCAUGAGUUGAUGAGUGGAGAGUCUAUGGUGAAUGUAACUGCGGCUAAAACUGGGAAUGACCGUGAGUUAUCUACUCAAAAUAAGUGGGAAGUUCUGAAGCCCUUUGGUGAAAUUACGCGACAAAGUAAGGAUAGGGUUGCGACUGUGAGGUUUAGCAAGUCGGGAAAUCUGCUUGCUUGUCAGGUGGCAGGAAAAACUGUUGAACUAUUCCUUGUACUUGACGAAGUUCAAUCCAAGUGCGAAGCAAAACAAAGACUUAAAAACAGGAAGAAAGAGAAGAAGUCUGCAAAAAUGGAAGUUGAAGAAACUGAAAAUGUGGAAGCAAAUCAUGAAACAAAAGGAGCUGGGAAUACAUUGGUUGUUAAAGUUCCUGAUGUUUUUAAGCUUCUUCCAACUAUUCUAGUCAGCAAAAAGAUAUGUUCCAUCUCUUUUUGUCCAGUCACACCAGAGAGUUCACUAGCUAGUUUAGCAUUGUCUUUGAAUAAUAACUUGCUGGAGUUCUAUUCAAUUAAAAGCGAUGGAAGUGAAAAAACACUUUCUAUUAAUCUUGAAAGAACACUUUCUAUUGAGCUUGAGAGAACACUUUCUAUUGAGCUUGAAGGACACCGUUCCGAUGUUAGAAGUGUCACACUUAGUUCAGACAAUAGUUUUUUGAUGUCAACCAGUCACAAUGCUGUGAAGAUUUGGAAUCCAAGUACUGGUUCUUGCCUUAAAACAAUUGAUUCUGGCUAUGGACUCUGUGGUCUAAUUGUACCCAUAACAAAUAUGGAAUUUGAAGUUGUUGGAGCUCAUGGUGGCUCUGUGCGGUCAAUUGCUACCAUUCCAAAUGGAAAUGGCUUUGUUACUGGCAGUGCAGACCAUGAUGUAAAGUUCUGGGAAUACAUCAACCAAAAACCUGGUCAAGAUUCCAAAAGCCUUACAAUAUUAAAUGUGAGGACUAUGAAAAUGAAUGAUGAUGUUUUAGUGGUUGCCGUUAGCCCAGAUGCUAAAUAUGUUGCUGUUGCAUUGUUGGAUUGCACUGUAAAGAUCCUUUUUAUGGAUUCAUUCAAAAUUUUCCUUUCCUUAUACGGACACAAACUUCCUGUCCUAUGUAUGGAUAUUUCAUCAGAUGGAGAUUUAAUUGUAACUGGGUCUGCAGAUAAGAAUUUGAGGAUUUGGGGCUUGGAUUUUGGCGAUUGCCACAAAUCCAUCUUUGCACAUGCUGACAGGUUUUUUUUGGUGAACCUUUUGAUCACUAAUUCUGAUGAGGUAAUUUUUCAGUGUUAUGGAUGUUCAAUUUGUCCACAACACACAUUACAUGUUCAGUGCUGGGAAAGAUCGUCUUUUGAAGAUUGUCUUUUGAAGUACUGGGAUGCUGAUAAGUUUGAGUUGCUUUUAACGCUUGAGGGACAUCAUGCUGCUGUUUGGUGCCUUGCAGUCAGCAACCGUGGUGACUUUGUUGUUACAGGAUCUCAUGACCGGUCUAUUCGCCGUUGGGAUCGUACUGAGGAGCCAUUUUUUAUUGAGGAAGAAAAAGAGAAAAGAUUGGAAGAAAUCUUCGAGGCUUACAUGGACGAUACAUUUGAAGACAGAAAUGCACCGAAGGAAGAACUUCCAGAAGAGGGAGCUGUUGCAUUAGCAGGGAAGAGAACUCUGGAAACCCUGACAGCCACUGAUUCAAUUAUUGAUGCACUAGAAGUGGCAGAAGUGGAGUUAAAACGAAUAGCUGAACAUGAGGAGGAGCAGGCCAGAGGAAAAGUUGCUGAAUUCCAACCGAAUCUGAUUAUGCUUGGGUUAUCCCCAUCGGGUUAUGUCCUUCGUGCUCUCUCAAAUAUUAGCACCAAUGAUCUGGAGCAGACUUUACUGCAUUACCAUUCUCAGAUGCCCUCAAGCUGCUCUCUUAUACGAAGGACUGGACUCCAAAUCAUGACAAAGUUGGCCUCUAUGCUCUUAUGGAUGUGCUUAUGUUUGGAUGUUUUGGUUGAACUGGUUUGCAGGAUUGUUACGAUUUUGUUGCAGACACACCAUAGUCUGUUAAUUAGUACCCCAUCUGCCAGACCAGUGUUGUCUGUUCUGAAAGAGAUUAUUUAUGCAAGAGUUAAGGAAUGCCAUGAUACUCUUGGUUUCAACCUCGCAGCAAUGGAUCAUCUAAAGCAAUUGAUGGCUUCAAGAUCGGACGCUCUAUUUCGAGAUGCAAAGUCGAAGUUGGUAGAGAUACGUUCCCAGCAGUUGAAGCGUUUUGAAGCAAGAACGGAGACCAAAACAGAAAAACGAAAAAAGAAGAAACAUAAGAAAUAG